AUGGUCAGAAUCAUCAAGACAAUACAGCCUAAGCAUGUUGAAACCUUAUCUCCUUUCGUCAGCGAAUUCGGAAAAACCGCAUGCUCCAUAUCUCUGCCCCUCCUCCCACAACAUCUCGCACAAUUUCCUACAAGAUGGCCUUUUCCCCGUGGCGACCUUUGUCAUUGGAUCUCUCUCUUGAAUCGCUUCGAUGUGAUACUUGAAAGAUUUUGCACAACAUAUAAACUCGCAGAUGGUCCUCAAAAGGUGGACUUCGGUUGUGAGAUGCUGAAGUCGAAUGUAGGAGCAGCAGCGGAUGAUACGAAGACCUAUGACCUGUUGGAGCUGGGCUAUGGAGAAGAUGGAGAUAGACAAUUGAUCGAGGCGAUCUUGAAAUUCUCAAAGAUGCUUCUGGAAAAUUGUGGCAAUCGCAGUAUUUAUUCCAGCAGUCCGCAUCUGGGGAGCUUGCUCAAUACUACGUCUUUGUCAUUACUCGAGAAUACUCUUCUUGUUACAUCCCAAUUAGCCCAGAGAUACAACUCUGCUAUGAAGCGUGUCGGAUCUGCUAGGAGUACUAAGCAUCUAUUGGCAGAGCAUUACAAUAUCGAUCUCAACAGAGUUCUUCAGCUGGCACUGCCUUUCAGCAAGACUACCACUAGUUCUCCAGGCUCGGGGCACCCAACAACACCCAAUCCCACAACACCUGGAGCCAAAGGCAAGGAGAAAGACAAGGCCUAUUUCAACCUUCCGGUAAGCCCCAAGAAUUCAACAACUGUUGUCUAUGCAAACGAUCUUGUUUCCAUAUACAAAGGCGGAUCGGGUGUCAGUACAAAUACAAAGAGCCCUCGCAGGAGUUCAGUUAAUACUGCUUCACCUCAAUCGCAAGCAAGCUGGGAUGAAUGGGGCGAUGUCAGAAUGACUUAUUAUCCUAAAGUCAAGACUGAAUCCGAGCCGGCCAAUAUUGCUUUGAAGCCAGUCGAGACUGUUCCUAUCCCUUCUGGACAACCGCCCAUCACUCCAACACCUGUUCGCAGAUCAUCUAACCUUGGCCCGAACGCUCAACGCGCGAAUAGAUCGUCGGCACCCGAAGAAACAUCCCCAGUAUUGGCACGCACUCCAACAAUGCCUGCGGACGAUGCCCAACGACAGAAUGCUAAAGUCAUAGAGAUUUCUUCAGCAAAGCUCAGAUCCACAGAUAUCUAUUCUUUGAUGGAGGAGUAUAGUUUGGACCUUCCCCAAGAUCUGCAAUAUGAGCUAUUUACAAAGAUUCGGAUUGCAAAAGCUCUCAUCUCUUCAUUGGAGACUCGACAACAGGCUCUCGUGAUUAGAAUGCUUGCUGUUGCAAAUAUGGCUAAUGUCUACGCCGAACCAGUCUUCCUCGAGAACAUCAUGAAACAAGACAGCGACGAGCCAAAGCGUUUACAAUUUAUCUAUCAAGUUGCUGAUUUGGUGCACCCACCGGCCGAAGGCGACAUCGCUGUCUCUACAUACAUGCAAACGCUAGCAUUUUCGACGCUCGAGGCUAUCGCGGGUAUCUCAUCAAAAUUUCAAGAUGUCUGCAAAGCUUUGAACACUACCAUAAAUCAUGGUGUAAUGUUGUAUGUCAUCCGUAAAGCUGUGGCAGAGAUGGCUGUGGAAGAUCUCGGUGACAAAUUGACAGAAAAGGAUCAGUGGCGAAAUGCUUUAUUCUCACUCAUGACCAGUUUCUGCCAAUACCCCCGCACUGCAGAGGGUCUUGUCACAGCUGGCUUGAUACCUAUCAUGAUCGAAAUUCUUGGCCUUCGCACCACUGUGGCCCAGCGUUAUCAGCCGAAAACUUUGUCGUUCCUGGACAAUGUAGUGUACAGUGCUCGUGAAGCCUUUCAGAUAUUGGUCAAUGCAAAUGGCCUUGAUCGAGUUUCUGAUCUGAUUGUUCACGAGACCACAGUUGCCUCAGGCAUUGCAGAAUCCGGCAGUGUAAUGCCAGUCGAACAUCGUUCACCAUCUACUGAUUAUGAAGUCCCUUUCUAUCAACAACAAAUCUUGAAAUGGCUAUUCAAAUUCAUUCACCAUAUGAUGUCAUCUGCGAACAGUUACGGAGGUAACUUUGAUCGUAUCUUGCGCAACCUUAUCGAUUCUUCACAACUGCUUGGUAGUUUGCGUCAAAUCAUUGGAAAUGGCCGCUGCUUUGGUUCCAUUGUCUGGACUAACGCCGUUGGCAUUCUAAAUGGUUUUAUCAAUAAUGAGCCCACGAGCUUUGCAAUCAUUGCAGAGGCUGGUUUGAGCAAGGGAUUUCUAGAGGCGGUCACCGGUAGUCCACUUGUGUUACCAUCACCCAAGGAACCCAAGGAAGAAAAAGAUGUUAGGAGGCGGCGGCGUAGUUCCGCACGCAUCCCUCUCGAAGGACCUGAUGGGGAUAUCGCAUCAUCUGAUGAAGAAGAGGAAGACUAUGACGAUGACGAUGACGAUGAUGAUGAUGGACCCCUUUUUGAUCUCACGACCACACAACCGCCAACACUAGCGAUGCUUCAAGCUCCCCGCGAUGGCCCUCUUGCCCGCGGCAUUAUGCCAACCCAAGAGACCAUCAAUAUCAUCCCUCAAGCAUUUAGCGCGCUCUGUUUGAAUAACACUGGUAUGAAGAUGUUUCGAGCCUCUCAUGCUCUGCGUUCAUUCUUCGAGAUAUUCGAGAGCCCUGAGCAUGUCAAAUGUAUGGAGUCCAAUGGAGAGUUGCCAUCCAGUUUAGGCGCCACUUUCGAUGAAUUGGCACGUCACCACCCAACUCUCAAGGGCGAGAUCAUCAAUGCCAUUCUUGUUAUGGUUGUCCGAGUUGGAUAUUUAUGCAAAACAAAGGCAGAGAAAGAUAGAGCUGGCGCUAAAUUGUGGGAACACGAUUCGGCCGGUAACGUCAUUGCACUAGGCGCCGCUUCACACAGCCCCUCGGAUGCGAAAGGAAAGGGCAAGGCUGUCGAUAGUGGCAGUGAUGUUGAGAUGCGCGAUGCCGAUGACACUGCAUCCACUCCAGUAUCAACCAAAGAACCCGAUAUUUCCAUGACACCAUACAUUACCUCUGUCGCUUCUUUUCUUGCCACUGUAUUAAAUAAUUCAUCGGUUCGUAGCGAAUUUUGUGCUAGAGGUGGAAUUGAGUAUGUGCUUGAUCUCGCUGAAUCUCAAAGUCUGCCAGCAAAUUUUGGAGACGGAAUUUCUUCGCGCAAUUUGCAGAACGUUAUUGCUCUUCUCGCCGAGCAAAAACCAUACCUCGUGAUUCCAUCUCUUUUGAAGCGAGCUCAGGCUGCCGCAGAUGUCCUUGAGUCAUUUGCCAAACACGAUCUCAGCACAUCUUUCUUUGCUCCAUUUGUGGACAGCCAAAGCCGUGAACAUGCCGACGAAAAGAUAUUGGCUCAAGGCACUGCUUUCGCGAAAGCUUUUGUCAAUGUUCAUUCAUUAGUCGCCAAUUUGACCGCUUCCAUACAGGGAUCUCCAUACAGUCACAGGAACACUCCGUCUGGCUUCAACUCCAUGAAUUUCGCUGAUCACUACAACCGUUUGAUUCAAACCCUUGGCCCACUCUUAGGCGCAUCUCUCAAGGAAGAAAUCUUGUUACAGAGACUUGUUCCAAAGAGCUGGCAACAAAUACCAUCAGCACGAAUCAAGGAUAAUGGAAUUAGCGAUAUGAUCCCGGACACUGUUGUUAGUACAGAACCAUCUCCGCCUGUUGCAAACGUUUCAACAUCAACUGUCGAACCUGACACUUCAUCUCCAUCCGUUGACGUUACGGCCUUGCCUGUUGCGUUGCAAACAGAGCUCGCGAACGCAAAUUCUACUUCGGAUACACCCGCGAAGCCGGCGAGUCAAUCAACUCAGAACGCUUCGGAACUUCAGAGCCUCGGAGCUUUGAACAAUUCUGCUCAAUUCCGAAACUUUGGCACGUUGCGCUACCUCCUUGGUAGAAUGCCUCGAGUUAUUGGUCCGUUUUUCCAGAACGUUGGCAAGGUUCUUCUUAGUAGGAGGAAUCCGGAUCCAUACUACAGACAAAACCAUACCACUAUUGCCGAAGCUUUGUCUGAGUCUGUGCUCAAACAACUGGCACGUCCAGGUGAUGAUAAUAGUAUCGACAACUACUCUUAUUGGAUCGGAUUGUUACAUGUAUUGAAAGAUAUGUUAGUCGACUCCUCACGUCAUGCAGAUCGUCAGAUCCAAACCAUCAGUAUUGUCUUGCAAGCUUUCAAGGAGCGUUCUGGAUUUACUACCCUGAACCGUAUUCUAGAAGCUUUUACUUCUGAAAUCCGUGCUGGCAAUAACAACUCAAACGAGCAACAAGGGGAGAAUAAGACACCUGAAAAGACAAUGAGGUUUGAGUUGGCGACUACUGGUGCCAAACAGAUUCUUUCCUUGUAUGCAAUUCUUGUCAAUUCAAAGCAUAUCAUAGAAGUUCCGCAAACUGUGGCUAUGAUACUUCGCAGUGAACGAGAUCGCGAUCGUUCUCGGUCCGACUCUUUCACACCCGGCCAGUUCGUGGUAGAGCUUCGCAUGGCAAUUCUUCCUACUGUCCGAGGUCUGUGGGAAUCUGAUUUGAUUGAAAAGGCCCCAAGCCAAAUAUCAGAGAAACUCAUUGAAGUAAUUCGUACUAUUGCCUCAACGGAAGGUGAAACUGGAGCUAUCAAGAGAACUACCGAAAAUCAAUCGGCUCGACAGCCAAAAUCUCUCCGAAAGGCCUUCAAGAUCAAUUCUGAUAGUGUGAACACACUCAAAGAACAAGGUUAUGACGAAGACUUAGCCAAGGAAGCCCUGUAUCGCUGCUUCAAUAAUCUUACCAAUUCAACUGACUAUUGCAAGGAACACAAGAGAGAAAGAACUCGCGGGCGCUGUCCAAUUCCUGACGAUGACAUCGAGGUUGCUCCCGAGCCUGUUGGUAAUUCUAGACCUUCAAGUGGAUCCACUGGAACAGCAAGCCCAAAUGAGCAAUCCAUUGCCACUGAUCCUACCCAAACGGAUGUAACAGCGAUCAUUAACUCACUUCAAACAGUAGCUACAGCUCCGACAUCCGGUCAAACAGGCGCCCCUGAGCCAGCAAACGAUCCUUUCACUCCUCAGGGCUUUAAUCGCAUGAUGAACCAACUCGCCCCUGGCUACGAGAACGGCGCCGGAUCAAGUGCGCCUCGUGAAAGUUCUGCGUCGAACCCUACACAAUCUAUCAAGGUCGAAGAGCCAUCCUUCAAGCAAGUCACCGUUGAUGACUUGAAUGAUGAACGAAAGCUUAUUCGAGAUAAUUUGAUUGAUAAGUGCUUAGAUGUCAUCAAUGCUCAUGGCGAUGUUACCUUUGAAAUAUCUGACUUGAUUACUACCGUGGUCAAUAAAUCUCCAGAUCACUCUGGACUGAGGAAGAUUGUCGCCGAAACACUUGUUGUUGCUCUAAUGUCAUUCGCAGGUGCUGAGGAUGUCCGCACUGAGGGUAAUAAGAUUGCUGCUUAUGCUCAUUUGUUGGCGUUGAUGUUGCGUGAAAAACAAUUCUACGCUGCUGCUCUGGGAGAGCUCAAGGAAAAUCUCCCUACUUUACUCAGUUUUGUCAAGCUAUCCCCUUCGCAUUCCGCCGAGGAACCAUCACCUUGGAUCGCACAGAUUCUUCUAAUUGUUGAAAUGCUUUUGAGCGAAGACGCCAAGCCAAGAAAGGCUAAGUGGACACCACCAAAAGAUGAAAAUGAAAAGGUUGUGGCACCUGUCCUUGAGCAUGUAGAGCUCGCAGUAUCCGAUGAAGAAAGAUCUCAACUAUUAGAGUCUAUCCUGGAUAUCCUUCCACGAAUUGGAAAAGAAGAAUCCCUCGCACUUGCUGUACUUCGAAUCCUUGUCAUACUGACACGUACCCGCUCAGUUGCGCAAGGCAUGGGCGAAAAGAAAAACAUCCAGCGAUUGUUUGUUAUGGCAAAGCAGCUUGCAGGGGCCAGUUCAACUCGCAUUCACAGCCCUCUUUUGCUCAUCCUUAGACACAUAGUUGAGGACGACGAGACUAUCAAACAGAUCAUGCGAUCAGAUAUCAAGGCAUUCUUCGAUCACAAUAUUCGGCCACAGCGAUCCCCAGUUGACCUUCAAUUGUACUUGAGAGGAUUGCAACAUCUCGCCAAUCGUGCCCCGGCACUAUUUGUUCAAGUAACUAACGAGAUGGUCCAAUUUACAGGAUGGCCUUUCCCAUCGUCUGAAUCGACAGCUCGGGUACCAUCGUUAUUACUCAAGGGUGAUCCUCCAAGUGAAAGUCCAUCCACAGCCAAGGCUUCUGAAGAUGCUGUCCAGCCAACCGUACAAGCCACAGAAGACCUUACUCUUCAAGAUCUUAAACCAUCUACUGAAGUUAUUGAUACUGAUAUGCCGGAUGUUGCAAAGGCAGUGUCUCCAGAGUAUAAAACACCCGUAGUCGAGAAUCCAGAUGGUGUCAUUCACUUCCUACUAUGUGAACUCUUGAAUUAUAAGGAUGUGGAAGACAAAGAUCGUCCAACCACUAGCCAUGCAGACAAGUCUACUUCGCCUGAACAUGGAGACGUCGCCAUGGUUGGUGCACCAUCCGUACCUGACUCACCUGUACCCAAAGAUGGGCAAUCUACCCAGGAUUCCACAAAACAGGAAUUCAAAGGCGAGGAGCAUCCCAUCUACAUUUACAGAUGCUUCCUGCUGCAAUGCCUCACAGAACUUUUGGCUGCUUACAAUAGAACUAAGAUUGAGUUCAUUAAUUUCAAGCGUAGCGCUCCUCCUCAGGCAAUGACGCCUUCAAGGCCUCGAUCUAGUGUGCUUCACUAUCUUCUUUCUGAUCUUUUGCCCAUUGGAACACUGGAUUACCCAGAAACCACCACAAUUCGUAAGAAGCUAACCACAUCGCACUGGGCCGACUCUGUUAUCACUGCUCUGUUGAACAAGACUGGAGAACAAAUCCUUGAUAAGCUCCGAGAGCAAAGUGAUGGAGAAGAUGAGCCCGAUCUCUUGUUCGUACGACGUUUUGUCCUAGAGAAUAUUCUCAAGGCUUACAAAGACGCAAGCGCUUCUACCGAGCCUCUUGAAAUUAAAUAUGCCAGGAUGCUCUCACUUGCCGAUCUCAUGAUGCAUAUAAUGACUGGAAAGGAGAAUUUAGGAACUGCAGAUACUUCUGUCAGCAAGAGAUCCCAGAUGCAACUCAAGCGUAUUAUGUAUGAAAAGGGAUACAUUGCAGCCUUGACUGCCUCGGUAGCAGACAUUGAUCUCAACUUCCCUGGCGCAAAGCGAGCUGUCAAAUAUAUCCUGCGGCCCCUGAAGCAGCUCACUCAUCAUGCUAUCUACCUUAGUGAAAACGCACUUAUAUCUUCACCCCCAGGACAAGCUGACGACGAUGACAUUGAGUCUGCCACUUCAGUGUCAGAUCUCGAAGACGACCGAGAAGAGACACCUGAUCUAUUCCGAAACUCGACUUUGGGUAUGUUUGAGCAAGGGGAAGAGGGCGAUACAUCAUCUGAUUCCGAAGAUGAUGACGAGGACAUGUACGAAGGUGAAUACGAUGAUGGUAUGGAGUAUGAAGAGGAAAUGGAGCAAGACGAUGAGGAAAAUGUCAGCGACGAAGAUGAUGAUGAAGAUGGCAUGGGUCCUAUCGAAGGUCUUUCUGGCGAUCAUGGUGUUGACGUCGAAGUCAUCAUGGAAGACGAAGAUGAAGAUGAUGAUGACGACGAUGACGAUGACGACGAUAGCGAAGAUGACGAUGAUGAUGACGAGCAUGGUUCUGACGGUAUGGAGGAAGAUGACGCUCGUAUCGAAAUUCUCGAUGAAGCCGGAAAUGUCCAAGAGCUUGCCGAAGACGAAGAUAUCGAUGACUGGGAAAGCGAAAACGAUGAGGACAUGCAGGAAGACGACGAGGAAGAUUUCGAAGAAGGCUACGAAGGACCAGGAGGAGACAACGAAGCUGCACGAGUUCAUUCCCAUUCCAUGGGUGACAUGGGCCCCAUUGGGAACCUUGUUCGUGUGCUUGCCGGCGCUGGUGAUGAAGAAGAUGCCGUUGAAAUGCUUCAACGUCUGGAAGAAGAAGGCGUUGGUGAUCCGGAAGAUGAUGAGGAAGAACCUUUGGGUGAAUACAUGGAAGAAAUCGAAGAAGAAGAUGAAGACGACGAGGAUGAUAUGGAUGAAGAGAUGCUCUUUGAGCAGGCAUACCCAGGUCAGUCUAAUAUCAGACCAAGUUCUACGGUCCGACUAAUAAAUCAAGCGGACGGCCCUGGUCCUAUCUUUGGUUGGGAAGGAGAUGUUGAGCCUCCAAUGGUCAUCAGCCACCGUGGACAUCAAGGCCGACAUCGCCAUGCAUUCCCCAGUCCUUUCCCAUUCCUUCCUGGAGGUUCGCGCGAUCCACUUGGUGGUAGGUUACAACUCUUAGAAUCAGAACUUAUGAGCAGUUUUCUCGCAGAAAGACAAGCCGUCUCGGACCUAGCGGCAAUCGAGGAUGGCCUUCAAAGACAGAAUAGGACUGAUAGAAUUGUAGUACCAGAUUUCCGUUACCGAGCACAUAGAUCCGGCGCUCCACCCCCAUAUUCCAUGGAUGACGGCACAAACCCUCUACUUCAACGUAAUGGCCCAAGCGCUUUAAGCAGACCUGGCCAUCGAGGACCUCAAAUCGGCAGCUGGAUUCAAGCACCGGGACCCGGCGGCAGCUUGAUAGACAUGAGUAGCGUUCUUGGCGGACGUGCUUUCGGUGAUAGCCCUGAACAAAUCCUUGACAUGAUCAGAUCCUUACGUAUCCCAGGAUCAAUCGCUCGUAAUGGACAAGCUUUACAGUUUCAUAUUACCGCUGGUCCUGGUCAGUUGCCAAGAGAACUCGAAGCGAUGUUUGGAACACGUCGUCCUCGUAAUGACAAUCACCGUGAUACCAGCGAGCCUGGAAGCGCUACAUCUUUCUCUACUCAAUGUACAGCUGCAAGAUGGUCAGAAGAGUCUAAGCUACUCUUCGGACCAAGCAAUGUUGAGAACGCUCAAGAGCUCAAGAAUGAACUCAUGGCAGCGCUCGUACCUCCUGCCAUUGAAGCUGACAAAGUUCGCAAAGCAGCCGAACUGGAACGAAUCCGCGUACUGGAAGAAGAAAAGAAGAAGCGAUUAGAAGCAGAAAAGCUGGCUAGGGAAGCCAAGGAGGCAGAGGAGAAGGCAGCCAGAGAGAAGAAAGAGGCCGAAGAGAAAGAGGCAGCUGAAAGAGCUGCAGCUGAGAUGGCGGCUGCUCAAAGUGCCCAGGCCGAUGAAUCCAUUGAAGAGCCUGUCGAGGCGGGUAAUGCCAACGCAACCGAUGCCAUGGAGGGUGUCCAGAGUGAAAUUCCGGGAGCUACCAAUGCAGAAGCACAAGAAACAGAGGUUCCAGCUGCUGAUCGUCCUAGAGUUAUGACUAUGAUUCGAAACACGCCAUAUGAUAUCACAGACCUGGGCAUCGACGCAGAGUUCCUUGCAGAGCUCCCAGAGGAUAUUCGCGAGGAAGUCAUCAUGGCUGCCGUUGCCGAGCGACGUCAACAAGCCACUGCGACAGGUUCACAGCCAACCGACAUUGAACAGGAAUUCCUUGAUGCCCUCCCAGAUGAUAUUCGAGAGGAAAUCAUGCAGCAGGAAGCACAAGAACGCCGACGUCGUGAACGUAAUGAACGACGAGAGGCUGCAGCAGCAGCAGGCGGAGCUCCACCAAAUGGAGACAUGGAUCUUCCAAGCAUCCUUGCAACCUUCCCACCAGCUCUUAGACAAGAAGUUCUGAUGGAAGGUGAUGAAGAUUUCAUGGCAUCCUUGCCUCCCGACCUCGCUGCCCAAGCACGUCAAUUACGCAGAGGUCAGCCAGAUCAUGCUGGCCACCCUGGAAGAGCACCUGUAGGCGUCAUUCGCCGUCCAGCUCCUGGUGAAGAAAGUCGAGGGGCUCCUCAGCAACCAAGAGCUCGUCGGGCAAUCGUUCAAAUGUUGGACAAACAAGGGGUAGCAACACUUUUGCGGCUGAUGUUUAUUUUCCAACACAGCAGUUUCCGAAGCACACUCAACUCAGUUCUGCAAAAUGUAGCAUUGAACAAGCACAACCGUGCCGAGCUCAUUAGCACCCUUCUUCAUAUCCUUCAGGAUGGUAGUGCCGACAUGACCGCAAUCGAGCGAAGCUUUUCCUAUCUGUCCGUCAGAGCCAAGCAACCAAGAGAAAAGGAUCCAAAGACCCCUACACAAACUCUUCGACGAACACUUACUGGUCUCGGCUCGCUCGCCCAGACAAAUUCUGAGGCAUCGCCACUCAUGGUAGUCCAACAAUGUCUGACAGCUUUGGUCUACCUUGCUCAAACUAAUUUGCAUGUCGCAUCGUUCUUCUUGACCGAGCACGAGCCAUCUGGUGGACUGAAGCGAAGUCUCAGUCGGAAGGGAAAAGGAAAGGAUAGCAAAGCCCCAAGAUACGCUCUUAACUCUCUGCUCAGUCUUCUAGAUCGUGAUUUGAUCAUGGAGAGCGCAACCAUCAUGGAACAACUUUCGCUCUUACUUAAUCUUAUCACUAGCCCUCUCAUUGCGCUAGAACGAAAGCAAAAAGAAGCUAUCGAAGAAGCAGAAAAGGCCAAGGCGAGCGCAACUGCAGCCGAGACAGCCGAGAUGGCUGAAGCCACUGGUUCCACCGAUGCACCCAAUCCUGACAACGUUACCGUAGGUGAGAGUGAGUCCACUGAACAACCACCGGUGGUAUCAGAUGAGACUGCUCCUGUAGAAAACACUUCCGCUGGGUCGACAUCUGCUCCAGUACUUCCGGCACUUGUUAUUCCUACAAGCGCUGAUGCCGGUGAGGCCUCCGUCGUUCCAGAUACCGACUCUUCGAAGCCCGAGGAUACUUCUAAGCAAGAACAGAAGAAGGUUCAUGUUUUCACUCCUCCUGUUGUUCCAGAACACAAUCUUCGCCUGGUUACCAAUAUCUUCUGCUGUGAGUGCAACUCAAAGACCUUCCGCGAGACAUUAUCAACCAUCAAGAAUCUUUCCACCAUUCCUGGCGCGAAGGCCAUUUUCGGAAAAGAACUCAUCGCCAAGGCUCGAGCAUUGGGUGAAGUCAUAUUAAUAGAUCUCGAGGACCUUCUUCCUCAGAUCCAAAAAGCUAGAACUGGAACUGAGAUUCAGGGUGUCGCGUUAGCCAAGUUCUCACCACCGGCAUCCGACCAGCACAAACUUCUACGUGUUCUCACUGCGCUAGAUCAUUUGUUUGAUCCUAAGCGUGAAAAGAAGGAUGAUGUAGCCAGUGAAGCAGAGGUUUCCUCUGAGAUUGUCGAAAAGCAAGAUCUCGUGUCUAGCCUCUACGAGAACUCCACCUUUGGCCCAAUGUGGGAGAAGUUAAGUGCCUGUCUCAGUACAAUUAGGCAACAAGAUCAUAUGCUUAGUGUCGCCACUAUUCUUUUACCUUUGAUCGAAUCCCUCAUGGUCGUUUGCAAGAACACUACAUUGAAGGACACACCACUUAAUCGAAGUGCAAAGAAUAAGGAAAUGGUUCUUGCUAGUCCCGUUCCAGAGUCUCGAAUGGAGAACUUGUUCUUCACGUUCACCGAAGAGCAUCGAAAGAUUCUGAAUGACCUAGUCCGACAUACUCCAAAGCUCAUGUCUGGUACAUUCUCUUUAUUGGUAAAGAAUCCUAAGGUUCUCGAGUUUGAUAAUAAGCGCAACUACUUCAGCCGCAGCAUUCACAGCCGAAGCCAGGGUUCUCGUGCAGUUCCUCCAUUACAAUUGUCUGUUCGUCGAGAGCAGGUAUUCCACGACUCUUUCAAAUCUCUCUACUUCCAGACUCCUGAUCAAAUGAAGUAUGGAAAAUUAAGCAUUCGUUUCCACGGAGAAGAGGGUGUAGAUGCAGGCGGAGUUACUCGCGAAUGGUUCCAAGUUCUCUCUAGGCAAAUGUUCGACCCUGGCUAUGCUCUUUUCAUCCCCGUGUCUUCUGAUCGUACUACUUUCCAUCCAAAUCAAUUGAGUAGUAUCAACGAGGAGCAUCUAAUGUUCUUCAAAUUCAUCGGUCGUAUCAUCGGAAAGGCACUAUAUGAAGGUCGUGUUCUCGAUUGCCAUUUCAGUAGAGCAGUUUACAAGCGCAUCUUAGGCAAGGCUGUUUCAGUCAAGGACAUGGAAUCUUUGGAUCCUGACUAUUAUAAGUCACUCAUAUGGAUGCUUGAGAAUGAUAUCACGGAUAUCAUUACCGAAACCUUCUCCGUUGAUAACGACAAAUUUGGCGUUGUCGAGACCAUUGACUUUAUUGAAGAUGGGCGCAAUGUUCCAGUGACGGAGGAGAACAAGCACGAGUAUGUUCGAUUGAUGGUCGAAUGGAAACUCACAGGAUCUGUCAAAGCACAGCUUGAUGAAUUCUUGAAGGGCUUCCAUGAUAUCAUCCCUGCUGAACUGGUCUCGAUUUUCAAUGAGCAGGAAUUAGAGUUGCUAAUCUCUGGACUGCCUGAAAUUGAUGUUGAUGACUGGAAGAGUAACACUGAAUACCACAAUUAUUCGGCAUCUUCUCCACAAAUUCAGUGGUUCUGGCGUGCCAUUCGCUCAUUUGACAAAGAAGAGCGAGCCAAGUUGUUGCAAUUCGUCACGGGAACCAGUAAAGUACCCCUUAACGGUUUCAAGGAGCUUGAGGGUAUGAAUGGUUUCAGUCGAUUCAAUAUCCACCGAGACUAUGGCAACAAAGAACGACUUCCAUCUUCUCAUACUUGUUUCAAUCAACUCGAUCUUCCAGAAUAUGAAAGUUAUGAGACCCUUCGCGCUCAAGUUCUUACUGCCAUUACAGCAGGCAGUGAAUAUUUCGGUUUUGCAUAA